CGUCGAGAAGGGGAAAACCUUUAUUAAAAUCGACGUAUCAAACUGCAGGCUCAACUGGAAUUUUUGUGUAGAUUAUUUAGUAAAUAAAUGCUGUAUUUUGCAUUUAUGUACAAUAUAUUUUUUUCCUAUUAGACACAAUCUUUACUGUUCAUUAUAAAGAUGGUCAUGAUCAUUGGACUGGAGGGCAGUGCCAACAAGAUCGGUGUAGGCAUAGUGCAAGAUGGAAAGGUGUUAUCCAACCCUCGCCACACAUACAUCACACCACCUGGCCAGGGUUUCAUUCCUCAUGACACUGCAAAACAUCACCAGGCUCAUGUGUUGGAAGUUCUGAACCAAGCACUUGCAGAGGCAUGUGUUGACCCUCAAGAUGUUGAUGCCAUUGCUUUCACAAAAGGCCCUGGGAUGGCUGCACCACUAAUUAGUGUUGCAGUGGUGGCCAGAACCAUUUCCCAGCUUUGGAACAAACCCCUUGUUGCUGUUAAUCACUGCAUUGGACACAUUGAAAUGGGGAGGCUUGUCACAGGGGCAGAAAAUCCAACUGUACUCUAUGUAAGUGGAGGCAACACACAAAUUAUUGCCUAUUUAGAAAAGAGAUACAGAAUUUUUGGAGAAACUAUUGACCUUGCAGUUGGAAACUGUUUGGACAGAUUUGCAAGGAUCCUGAUGCUUUCAAAUGACCCAAGUCCAGGUUAUAAUAUAGAACAAAUGGCAAAGAAAGGUAAAAAGUUCCUUCCUCUUCCAUACUGUGUAAAGGGUAUGGAUGUCUCCUUUUCUGGCAUCCUCUCAUACCUAGAGGAGCGUGCAAAUAAACUACUGAAGACCAAACAAUACACUAAAGAGGAUCUGUGCUUUUCCCUGCAAGAAACAGUCUUUGCCAUGCUGGUAGAGACUACAGAACGAGCCAUGGCUCACUGUGGAUCCCAGGAAGUUCUCAUUUGUGGAGGCGUUGGCUGCAAUUUAAGGCUUCAGGAGAUGAUGAACAAGAUGUGUGAAGAAAGGGAAGCAAAGCUGUAUGCAACAGAUGAGAGUUUCUGUAUAGAUAAUGGAGCAAUGAUUGCCCAAGCUGGAUAUCUCAUGUAUAAUUCUGGGAUUACAACACCACUUAUGGAUACUUGGGUUACUCAGAGAUUCAGGACAGAUGAUGUUCCUGUAACAUGGAGAGAAUAAAUUGCCAUGAUUUAUAUUUUUUUUUACAUACUGCUGUACUGCAUGUAAUAAACUAUUUGACAUUUGUAUUGAAAACCCAAAUAUGUGUACAAUAUACAGUACAAAAAAAAUACUUAAUUUUCUUUACCUAGAUGUAUUAUAAAAAAAUACUGUAAUUGUUUGCUUUUGCUAUCAUUAGUUCAGUGUAAAAGUGUGUAUUGAUAGAGCUAGUUCAAAAUACUCUUUAUUAUCUGGAGCAGAAAACCCACCUGCCGUGUGGGCAUCAUUCAGGAUGCCAAUAUAAGAGCAGAAACACAAAAGACAAGUAAUGUCAAAGGAGUCUGAUUCACCUAGGAUUGUAUCAACUCAAAAGAACAGUGGGAAAGCAAAAUUUCCGAUCCUGAAAAUCAGGACAUUCUACGAGGAGGUGACGAGGAUAGUGGAGUUUUGACAAGUCAGGUCUCUCAUCAAGUGCAAUGAAUUACUGUGGCCAACAUACAGUCUAAGCAAGUCAGAGGUUAUCCCCCCUACCGUUAUGAUGACUUUUGAAUCAAAUACAAAAUGUAGCGAAGAGAGGUUUAAAAUACCUUAGUACGUUCCUAAAUCACUUUGGAGAAAGUUUACCAACCCAGACAAUGCUUCAAAUGCUUCUGAUAUGAUCACAUUGCAAGUAACUGCACUGAACAUGAAGCCCAAUGUAGCAUAUGCUCAGGGACACUUAACUACAAGAACUGCACUAGCAAGAAGUAGUAGUGCACCCAGUGUGGGGAACAGUACAUUACCAUUUCCCACCUCUGCUCCAAGAGGAAGGAGAAAAUCCCAAAACUGAAUUCUGCAAAAUCCAAUGGUGUGCAUCCAACAACCAGUAGUGACUCCAAUUGAUCUCGGCCCAGAAUAAUUUCCCAGGUCUACUGAUGUAAGAUACUUCCACCCAGCAACUGCAUGGACAGGGAAAAAUCUCCAACACUGGGAAAAGAACUCUCCAAUGCCAGUGACAACAGACUACCGUCAACAUACACAUCCAGGUGAGCCUCGCCUAUGCGGAUAGGGUCGCCAAGCAGGACCACAUCCUGUUUCUAAGCAAAGUCAACAAGUUCCUGAUAAGCAACAAUAUCAUACCAAUAAUUCUACCAGUGAGAGUAUAGUACUUGAGAAUGCUGCUACCCAGAUGGAAUUACCACAAGAAACAAGGGAAAAACAUAGCCACUCAAGACAGAAACACCACCAACUCCUGCAACCUCUACAGUCACAGCUCCAAAAUGGACAACACACACAUCACGGUGAGAGCAGCAACACUUGCAACACAAGGAUAGUGUUGAUGUGAUGAUGUCUGAUGAUGUGUACUCUUGUGAAAAACACAUGUCAUCAGAUACGGCCGUAGAUGCUGAGAAUAUCUCUGACAACGCCUUGGCCUCCACAACACCACAAACCCAAGAAUUAGCAAUGCCACGUAAAAUAAUACUCUCCAGGUAACCAGGUCAAUCUGAGGCUUUACCAGACUUUCUGGACACAAUAGACUGUAUACUCACCACCCACAUCAUAGGUCGGCCAAACAUCGUCGCAAUUCUACGAGAAUGGUUAUCAGGUCUCAUCGAGCAGUACACACCACCACGUACAACGGUUGAUGCAACUGCACUGGCACAGUCGCCUGAGGGCAACAAUGUACAGACACGAAGCCAAAUCAUCAACAAGAUGAACAAUAAAAGGUAAAACCCUGAAGCCACUAGAAAACAAUGCAGUCAAAAUGAUAAAAAAAAAGGGGAGGGUCAUGGACUUCUGGCUGCUACCUCUGUGCUUUCCUGUGGUGGUAUUGCCAUCGGCUCAACAGCCUCGAUUAUACUGGGUUAAGGCCUGGCUGUACAGUACUCUGUUCGACUGCAAUGCUUCCUCUCCAGACUCACCACUAAAGAAUAGUACACACCAACUAGACGAGUACCUGUACAUUUCUUCAACUGCUCACACUGCCGCUUGCUCACAGAGUACUUGCCCAGUACGUACGCAUGUAUGCAGUAUAUGAGAAAAUUGGUAAAAGUAAACGUGGACAAUAAGGAGUAAAUGAAAUCCUAGAUGUGGUUGACCAGUUUAAAUACCUGGGCUCUGUAAGCUUGAUACGAAGAAUUUGCAAAGUUCAUAGAGCACGGCACCGCUCCUGUACCAGGCAAGUCCACUAAAGGCUCCCCAUUGAGCCCAUAGAAUUUUGCUAUUUGCCCCGCUCCUGUGCCAGGCAAGUUACGGGUUCACCAUAGCCCGUGCUACUUGGAACUUGUUCCGAGUAGCUGAAUCUAUAUCAUCAUCAUCAUAGAGUAAGUCACCUAAGAAAUGUUCAGAAAGACAAGACCAGAGGGCUGUAUUGAAAUGACGCAAUUUUUACCCUGACUUGCAGAUUUGACUGCUGUAGCAUGAAAAAAUCUAAGAGAAGGGUAAAAAUAGAUAUCUAUGAUGUAUUUCUGCUGUUAGAUUGACACAAUAAAGAACAGAAUGUCAUGGAAAGAUGGAAGCAAGCAAUUAUCAAUAUAAUACACCAAGCAAGGGAGUCUAUGUACCAUGAAGAGAUGGAAAUACAGUAAAAAUAAAGAGUAUCGAGAUGUCAUUGAAUGAACAAGUUGUGAAGUCUGUAUUUGAGGUCAAGACAGAAAGGCCAAUAAGGUUAUGAGGAAAUGGUGAAUGUUUAGGUGGGCUAAUUUCUAUAGAUAAUGUACUCCAUUUUCCUCUGGGGUGAUGCCACGCUCGUCAUAAAUUUAAAAUUUGCCAUAAUGAUGCCUGCAUACCAGUAAGCACAAUCUGAGGACUUUUAUUACCCCCAGUAAUUCAAAAUUUCAGCAAAAGCAGGUGGUUUGCACUCUACUUCUAACAUGGCAAACUUUCUCUUCAUUGAGGCUCUUACUAUACACCACUACUUCAACCGAGGUACUAGUGCCUAAUACAGUAUCUGCAUAACGUCUCAUUCAAAAAGGUUUAGUUACCUAUCAUCUGUCUGGCAUCGAGUAACUAUAGUGUAUACUUUAAAGGUACAGCGUAUCAAUUUAAUUGAUCAUAACUAAAUGAGCAUCUUUCAUACAUUAGUGUAAAAAGUCCUUGCCUAUUCUGAGCUAAUUUCUUUUCCUUAGCUUGAUACUUCUACCAAACAUUUUUAUUGUCCACUACACACUUAUGCUAAUAUCUAUUUUGUACUAUAGUACAUAUAAAUAUUAUAAAAAGAGGGAAAUCAUACAACACUGAAAACAGAGGGUUUAUUUAUAGACCUCUAAUAAAAGCUGCUGGUAUUCAUGUAUACAAAAAAAUGAAAACAAAGGACAUGUUUGAAGAAACAUUGAGGAGUAGGAGAAGUUAUAUAAUUUUGUUGACUAAUAAAGCCAUAUGUUUAAAUGAGAAAGACACUGGAUUAAUGUUAUUUUGAUCAAUAUAUUUUAUAAAUUGAACACUAAUACAGAACAUGUAAACCAAUAAAUAAGGCACACUUAACUUACAAAGGAAUAGUGUAACAAGAAAAUCAGAACACUAUGUAUUU